AUGGCUACCGCGAAAGACACGUCUACUUUCUUUCUGGAGGCAGAUGCAAAACAAUUUGACAGUGUUUUAAAGUUAUACCCACAAGCAAUUAAACUAAAAGCAGAACAGAAAACAAAGAAACCAGAGGAGCUCAUAAAAUUGGACAAUUGGUAUCAAAAUGAAUUACCGAAAAAAAUUAAAUCCAGGGGUAAAGAGGCACAUAUGAUUCAUGAAGAGCUAGUACAACUCAUGAAAUGGAAACAAGCUAGGGGGAAGUUCUACCCGCAGCUGUCGUAUCUGAUCAAAGUGAACACCCCAAGAGCGGUGAUGCAGGAGACCAAGAAGGCCUUCCGCAAGCUGCCCAACAUAGAGUCCGCCAUGACCGCGCUCAGCAACUUGAAGGGCGUGGGAACUGCCACAGCGUCAGCCCUCCUCGCCGCUGCCAGCCCAGAAAUCGCCCCCUUCAUGGCAGACGAGUGCAUACAGGCCAUCCCCGAGAUGGAAGGGAGCGACUACACUGCCAAGGAGUACCUCAAUUUUGUAAAACACAUUAGAAACGUCUGUGAUAGAUUAAAUAAGGAACAAAACGGCUGCGGCAAGAAAUGGUCGCCGCACAUGGUCGAGCUGGCGUUAUGGACCCACAACAUCGUGUCGGACCUGCAGCCGGAGCUGUUGGGCAAGGAGCCGAGCAGCAAAGUGGCACCCACCAACGGCGGGUCACCGCUACCGAGCGACGAGAGCAACCUAGAACCGCCCGCGACCAACGGCAACGGCAAGCUGGUUGACUCUGUGAACGAGGACACGACGACAUCCUGCACGGAGGACUCUAUGGACGCGAAGGCCGCCUCGCCCGCCACACCCGCCUCCCACUCCGACAACUCCGACUCCGCCUUCAGCACGCCGCGCGCCAAGCGACAAAUAGAGGAGGCGAGUUCAGCAGAAGAGGAGAACUCACUGGGAGACUCAACAGACGCACAGCCACCGGUUACAAAGAAACUUCGAGAAGCCACACAC